GUAGGGGCGGGGGAGGGGUUGUUCCAUGUAGGCCAGUUGAGAAAGGCAUGAAGAUUUUGUUUCCUCUUGCACAGUACAGUCCUGCAUUAUAGACUUUCUGGUCUUUUUGGUGAUACCUCCCUCCAUGAUGUCAAUAGGACUUUAACCAGGGGAACUGAAGCUGAAGCUGAAAGAGAAAGUCGUCAAGAAUGGAAAUUUCUGAAAGAUAAGAGAUAGAUCCAGAAGACUAGGAAGAGACCUGGCCAGAAAGCUGGGUCUUUCAGAGGUGAAAGAAGCUUUAUGCAGCCAACACAGAUCUGGGGCUAGUACCUGUGUCUGAGGGUCUGCGUGUCAGGGAGAGCUGCUGCUCAUGGACGCAAGUUGCAUCAUCAACUGAUUCCCUAGGGCCAUGUCAGUGACAGUCUCAGUGAGAGCCUUUGCCUCCUUCCUGUCUUCUCUGCUGAAACUCCACGUGGUUUUGUAUGAGGCUAGGAGGGUGCUUCAGACCUGGGCUGCCCAGAUGAAGAGUGUGAGGCUGAGGCUAGUGCCAGGUCUUUCAUGUGUCAGGUUGGGGACCAUGUUGCUGUUGGGGAUAAUUUUUCUCUCAAGCACGUACUGUGACAUGGUCUCGGUAUAUUACUCUUCCUAUGAAAUAGUCAUCCCAAAGCGGCUAAUGGUCAGGGGAAGUGAAGAUCCAGUGGAAAAGGCAUCCUAUUUGCUAUUUAUGGAAGGCCAGAAGCACCUGAUUCACCUGAAGGUAAAGAGAAGCCAUUUUGUGAAUAACUUUCCAGUCUACAGUUACCACAAUGGCAUCCUGGGGCAAGAAUCACCUUUUACCUCCCAUGACUGCCACUAUGAAGGCUACAUAGAGGGAAUGUCAGGUUCUUUUGUUUCUGUCAACACCUGUGCAGGUCUCAGGGGCAUCUUGAUCAAGGAGGAAAAAUCUUACAGCAUUGAGCCCAUGGAGUCUUCAAGACGGUUUGAACAUGUGUUAUAUACCAUGGCACAUCAAGCACGAGUGUCCUGCGGUGUCGCUCCCACAGAUAGCCAUGUGGUGUCCACUAGCUGGCAACAAGGGAGCAAGAAGCCUUAUGAUCGACAGGUGCUGUCCUACUUGUGGUCACACCCCAAGUACGUGGAAAUGUUUGUUGUGGUCAACAACCAGAGGUUCCAGAUGUGGGGCAGUAACGUCAAUGAGACGGUCCAGAGAGUAGUGGAUGUCAUUGCUCUGGCCAACAGCUUCACCAGGGGAAUAAACACAGAGGUGGUGCUGGCUGGAAUGGAGAUCUGGACCGAGAGGGAACUAAUAGAGGUCGCAGUGGACUUGCAAGUCACACUCAGGAAUUUCAAUCGCUGGAGACAAGAGAUGCUCUUCCGUCGUGCGAAGCAUGACGUUGCCCACAUGAUCGUUGGGCAUCAUCCUGGACAGAAUACGGGCCAGGCCUUUCUCAGUGGUGCCUGCUCAAGCGGUUUUGCGGCAGCUGUUGAAUCCUUCCAUCAUGAAGAUGUGCUGUUGUUUGCAGCCCUCAUGGUCCAUGAGCUCGGGCACAACCUGGGUAUUCAGCACGACCACUCGGCCUGCUUUUGUAAAGAUAAGCAUUUUUGCCUCAUGCAUGAAAAUAUCACAAAAGAAAGUGGCUUCAGCAACUGCAGCUCUGACUACUUCUACCAGUUCCUUCGAGAACACAAAGGGGCCUGCCUAUUUAACAAGCCAUGGCCCAGGGCCCGCAAGCGUAGGGAUUCCACCUGUGGAAAUGGCAUGGUGGAGGACACGGAGCAGUGUGACUGUGGUUCUGCCUGUGACCUCGACCCAUGCUGUGAUCCCACAUGCACUCUGAAGGAGAAUGCUGAGUGCAGCCAUGGCCUCUGCUGCCAGGACUGCACUUUCAGAAGGAAGGGGUUUUUAUGUCGUCCUACUCAGGAUGAGUGUGACCUCCCAGAAUAUUGUGACGGGAGCUCUGCAGAAUGCCCUGCAGACAGCUACAAGCAAGAUGGCACGCUGUGUGAUAGAAUUCACUAUUGCUCUGCGGGUCAGUGUAAGAACCCCGAUAAGCAAUGUGUGAAUAUAUACGGGUACCCUGCAAGAUCUGCCCCAGAAGACUGUUACAUUUCAAUGAAUACCAGAGGAGACCGGUUUGGAAACUGUGGACGUCCCACUGAGGAUCAGCAAAAGUAUGUUACAUGUUCAAGUGAUAAUGUAUUUUGUGGGAAACUCGUAUGUACAGGUGUUGAAUCCUUACCACGACUCAAAGCUCAACAUACAAUCAUCCAGGUCCCUCAUGACGAUGACUGGUGCUGGAGCAUGGAUGCCCAUAACAUUACUGAUAUCCCUGAUGAUGGAGAUGUGCACAUCGGCACUUCUUGUGCCCCAAACAAAGUCUGCACGGAUUACUCCUGCGUCCAUCACUCUGUACUCCUGUAUGACUGCAGACCAGAGGAAUCGUGUCAUGGGAAAGGAGUUUGCAACAAUUUAAGGCACUGCCAUUGUGAGCUUGGUUUUGCUCCUCCUGACUGUAAAAAUCCAGGCAACGGAGGUAGUGUGGACAGCGGCCCUGCUGGUAAGCCAAGUGAUGAAAGUAUAAGUACAGAAGAAAAUAGAAAUCGUAGUGGUGGUCAGAGUAAUCCCCAAAGAGGUUACGUGACUAAUGACAAAAAUAAAAGCCUAAGGAAGUUACUGUACAUAGCCCCCAUGUUGCUUUCAGCAUUAUUUGUAGUUCUAAUUAUUCUUGCCAGUAUGGGAGCUAGAAAGGAGAUAUUAGAGCGUUCAGAAGAUUACACAGAAGCAAUUCCAGAAGAGGUUGCACCAGAGCAGAAAGUAGGCAAAGGACAGGAAGAAGAAGAGGCGAAAAAUGAGUUGUCCAAUAAAGCUAACAGUGGAUACACUGGGAAUGCCUGAUGGAAUGUCUUCCUAACCUGGAGUCAUACUGCACUCCCUUCUCUGGGGCUCAGUUGAAGAAAAAGAAAAGAUUGACCUUAAACCCAGAGGACAUUAUGGCCUCACGGUGAUGCAAUUCUGCAUACAAUGAAGAUUAUCUCAAUAUCUCAAGUGUUAUAUUCGCUUGCCAAAGAUAAAUCAGCUCCUUCAGAGGUUGUAGCGAGCCAAGAUUAUACCACGGCACUCCAGCUUGGGCAACAGAGUGAGAUUCUGUCUCAAAAAUAAAUAAA